UCCGCCAUACCUGAAAUUAAAAGCAUUUGUUUUGAUAAUCUGUGCCCAAAAUUUCAGCCCAGGGAAAUGAGUCGUUAUGGUGCUCACAUACGCUUAAUAACAUAUGUUUUAUUGUUCAUCUCGUAACUUUUAAAGCGUAUUUUGUUGGUUGCACCAAGUUCGUAGCCUCUUCUUGUAGCAGUCUGCUGCUCUCAGUGUUAGAGAAGAUGGCGGAGGAAGAGAAGAGCGCUGAGCCUGUCAAAGACAACCACGAACUCCAAAUUAUUAAGGAGCUGGUAGAUGACUUGUACAGUUACAGGGAUCGUUACUUUGAGACUCACGGUGUGGAGCAGGCGGGCAGGAAACAACAAGAUGUCACGCAGGAGCUAGAAAAGGUGCUGAAAAAGCUGGAGGAGAAAGAAGAAAACUUGAAGCACAAAGCGGAGUUCCUGCUGCAGAAAGGCAGGUGUCUUAACGUCGCCCCCGACUUCAGCGCUGCUGCCGAGGAGUGCCUUUCCCGCGCCGUCAAGCUGGAGCCCGGCCUAGUGGAGGGCUGGAACGCGCUGGGGGAGCAGUACUGGAAGAAGGGCGACUUGACUGGUGCCAAGAACUGCUUCACAGGAGCCUUGCAGCAGAACAAGAACAAAGUAUCCCUACGGAACCUGUCUAUGGUGCUGAGGCAGCUACCGGCGGCAGACAGCGACGCACACGGCAAACAGGUUCUGGAGAGCGUGGACAUGGCCCGGCAAGCUGUACAGCUUGAUGUGGCGGACGGGACAUCCUGGUAUAUUCUAGGAAACGCUUAUGUAUCCCUGUUUUUCACUUGUGGACAAAAGCCACAGUUGUCUCAACAAGCUCUAAGUGCCUAUGCGCAAUCUGAAAGAGUAGACCGAGCAGCUGCUUGUUACCCAGAGCUGCACUUCAACCGAGCCACACUCUUUCAGUACGAGGAGAUGUUCGGGUCGGCGCUUGAGGGCCACAGCCGUGCCGCUGCCCUGGACCCCAGCUGGGAAGAUCCGCCGCAGAGGGAAAAGCAGCUGCUGGAGUACCUGAGGAAAAUCUCAGAACUCAUCGAGAAUAAGGGCAAGGUGAAGGCGCGGCGCCUGCGGACGUUGCUUUCCAACCUCAACACGUCAGCUCUGGGCCCGUGCUCGUCUCCUCAAUUUCGCUCGCCAACAGGCCGCAUGGGCAGCCUGGAGCCGCGGGCGCUGUCUUCCCUCACGCACGGUCACAACGGCGGGGUUGCAGCCAUGGGGAAGGUGGUGUUCAGUCUGGCAUCCGAGGGUCGUAUGGCCUUUACGUUCGGCAUGGUGGACAGCGAGGAGACAUGCAUGGUGGUGAUGGUUUACAACACGGCAGACAGCUGGGGGGUCCUCAUUGGAGACACCGUGGUCAUUCCUGAACCUCAGGUCAAACGACACAGUAUCACGCAUAAAGACACGUCCUUCGACUUCAAGAGCAUUCGCGUGGACUCUCCUCUGCACCUCAUCGUUAACGGCAAGAAGCAAAAUUCCCAAAGUCAGAUUGCCACCUCGGUCAGCUACAAACCUCAGAGUGAAUGAGUCAAGACGACCAAACACAUGCUGGACAUGAACAAGAAGAUUACAAAGUGGUCAUUAUACUGCUUUGUCUGUAGAGACAUUUUGUUUAUAGCCGUUAUAUUUAUUUUCUUUCUUUUUUUGUAUCCUGUCAUCUAAAGGAGUUUUUGUGGGAGGGGGGGUAA